CUUCUCCUUCUUCCUCGACCAAACCCUAGCAGCCAUGGCAAACCCUACACCUCCCUGCGUGUUGAUGAAUCGCAUAGUGUUCUUCGUGGGAGACACGCUAGACGAUGGCACGAGCAGAGAUACCGCCGGCAUGCCCAUUGGAUGGAGCAAAGCGCGGGCACUGAGUCCCCGAGAGGCAAUGGAGGCCAUGGAACCCAUCACGUUCCUCGCCGAACCUCCUGAGGUGAGCUACCUGCAGAUGAGGUCGCCGACGCCCGCGCACGCGCUGCAGAUGGGAUCCGUCGACCGGGGCGACGUCUCCGGCACCCACAAGGGCAUCGUCGUCAUCUACGCCGACUUCUACCGGCCGGGCUGCUGCAAUCUGCACGGCUGCUACCUCCUCUACGACGCCUCCAAGCCCAACAAUGGCGACGCCCUCACCGUCAUCCCCCAGCUGCCCGAUUCACGCAGCGACCCCACGCUGGUGUACCUCGGCAACAGCGCUGUCCUUGUCACCGACCCGCGCUCCGCCGCCGGUGAUGAUGAUUACAUCCUCGCCGAUAUCGUCACUUCCCCUGGGCCGGAGCUCGUGGGGCGUGGACUCCCCGAGGCCACCAUCUUCACGUGGUCAUCGGCUGCCGGCGGCGGUGAGUGGAUCAGGUCGUCGAUUCCUCAGCUCCCUCUCCCCGCACAUCUGUGUGGUCCGAACCAAAUGUUCCAGAUCGACAGAACCUUCUCCUUGGACAGCGGCCGCAUCUGCUGGGUUGAUCUCCUACAGGGCAUCUUGUUCUGCGACGACCUCCUGGCACCGGAAGGGCCCAAGUUAGGCUUCAUCCCGUUGCCUGCUGGGUGCUGCAGCGAUGUCCAUCACAAGCUCCGGCAUCAGAAGAUGCCAUCGGUCCACCGUUCCAUCGUCUGCGUCUCUGGUGUCAUCAAGUUCGUCGCCUUGUUCGGCUGUGGUAGAGAUUUUCGUACCCCAGCUGAGGCGAUGCUCAAGACAUGGGCACUGUCCCCAGAUUUCAAGGAGUGGGAGGAGGAUACAAGGGCAUUAUCUAUUGCAGACAUCUGGGCAAGUGAGAGCUUCAACCAAAUGGGGUUGCCACAUGUCAUUCCGGUCUCCCCUGUCCUCAGCAUCACCGAAGAUGGGGUCAUGUAUGCCGUUCUGAAUGAUAUCGAGCGUGUGCCUGCACAAAUUGAUGAUUUCGGGAACGUUGUUCGUAGGGGGCAUCUGGUGCCCAAAGCCAAUUAUAUGAUCCGCUUCGACAUCAAUCAAAAUAAGGUCCUGUCCUCCACAAAGUUAUCUGAACCUGCCAGUUUAAGCUGGACAACACCCAAUUUCUUUGCUACUGACUUCACUGCAUACUUAUCGGACCACAAGAGAGCUGAAGACGAAACGGGCAAGGUAGGAGCGAGAGCCAAGGGGAAGCGCAAGCAGAUGGAGUACUAAUGAAUGCUACGUAAUAUAUUUUUGCUAUUUAUCAUGUGCGCGGUGCGCCUAACAUGUCGCUUUGUUUUGCUUACAUCCAUCCCUGUGAGAUGUAAGGUUAAAAGUGUUUUACGUUAACCAUCAGACCUCUUGUAGGCACUAUCAGACCAUAUUUUAAUCACUAUCAACGUAGCAGUUAAACUGACUGGUAA